CGGUACAUAUAAAACGACGCUCCAUCGCACCACACUCAUUCGUUAGUCUGUGCUCACGAGGAUCAUCAUGUUCAAAUACGUGACAGUUGCGUGUGUCCUGGCCGCCUUGUGCGCCGCCGCGCCCGCGCCGCAGAACCCCCAGGACGUGCAGAUCCUUCGCUUCGACAGCGACGUACAGCCUGACGGAUACAGCUUCGCGUAUGAAACCAGCGACGGUACAUCAAGACAAGAGGAGGGCAAGCUGGACAACCCGCAAUCGGAGAACGCUGCGCUUACCGUAACCGGCUCCUACGCGUACGUCGCGCCCGACGGCAAGCACUAUACCGUGACCUUCACCGCUGGACCCAACGGCUUCCAACCCAAGACGUCGCUCGGACAGUAGAUUUAGUUCAUCUUCUAUCUUCGUCGGAAGUAACUCAUUCUUUGUCUAGAAGAUUUUAUAGGUGCUGAUACAUUCAUAGAGUAGUAUACGCUAGAUACUGGAUGCUUGACUGGUUUGUGACAUGAUACAACUAAUGCUAGACCUCGACAAGGCUUUAAAUGAACGUGGCGAAAAAAGGAACUGACGCUGCCAUCAUACAAAAACGCAAUUUUUGAUAUGUUUUUGACAGCUCCCCUUUACAAGCAGCGCCCCGUCCACGUUCAUUUAAAGCCUUGUAGCACUUUAAACAUGGCGUAAUUCCAGCAGUACAAUCCAGUGACACUAGCACCAGCUACUGUGUCAAUAUAAAUCAGCAUUUAGAUAAUUUAAUCUUCUAGAUAAAGUCUCUACGCGAUCUCUACUUCUGUAAAUGCUAGUAAAUUCGUCCAUCUUGCUUCCUGUGCCAUAGGAACUUUUUUAUGUUUUUAUACCACUACCUUUAUAGGAAUAAAUAUUUUGAAUGUAU